CAAAAGUGAGAGGCGCCUUUAGGGUUUUCGUCUGGUAGUGGUGUGACCGUAAUAAAAAAGAGAAGACGAGAUCCCCUCCUCCACUAAUUUGAAUCAACAAGACCCAAUUCUCAUUAUCGAAUCCGAUUCCGUGUUUCCUUCUUUUACCAGUUUUUUUAUCUCUUUUUCUCUUGCGGAAUUUGAGUUUUGUGGAGACGAUGGGAAGAGGCAAGUUCAAGGGGAAACCUACAGGCCAACGCCGAUUCUCUAGUGCUGCUGAGAUACUUGCUGGCACUUCUGCUGCACGUCCUCGCUCGUUCAAGCAGAAAGAAGCUGAAUAUGAAGAAGAUAUCGAAGAGGAGUCUGAAGAGGAAUCUGAAGAAGAAGAAUCCGAAGAUGAAUCUGAUGUGAAGAAGAAAGGACAUGAAGCUCUAAUCGAAGUUGAUAACCCUAACAGAGCUAAGCCCAAGACCUUGAAAGCAAGAGACCUUGAUGCAAGUAAAACCACUGAACUCUCAAGGCGUGAAAGGGAGGAGCUAGAGAAGCAGCGAGCUCAUGAGCGAUACAUGAGGUUGCAGGAGCAAGGCAAAACCGAGCAAGCAAGAAAGGAUUUAGAUCGUUUGGCCCUGAUUCGCCAACAGAGAGAAGAAGCUGCCAAGAAGCGAGAAGAGGAAAAAGCAGCGAGAGACGCGAAGAAAGUCGAUGCUCGCAAAUGAGCCAAGUGUUCAAGCACAUCGAAGAACUACCCUACUUUAUAACUAAAACAAAACAAGACUCAGCGACUAAGAUGUGUUGUUUUUUUACUUUUGUUCAUUUUCAAUUGGUAAACAGAUACAGCCUUUGCCUAUUUACUCCGUGUGGAUCUUAAUACAUUUAAAAGUUAUUAAAGUCUCUUAGACUCUUUAGCAUCC